AAGUCUACAGUCCAGCCACUGAGCUAUCACAGUCUCCAACUACCGGCGAGCAGGGCCCUCGGAAGCAUCCAGAUACGGAUCAUCACCUACCUCGGGCUGUUUCUACGUAUCAAUGGAUCCAAAUCAGGCUCGUCGACGCCGCAGAGUCGGUUCUACAGACUCGCAAAAGCGCGAGUGUCCGCAUUGCGGUCGCGAGUUCAAGCGUUCUGAACAUUUGGAGCGGCACGUCCGUACUCACACCAAGGAGAAGCCAUACAUCUGUCACUGUGGCUCGGCAUUUUCUCGCCGGGACCUACUUACACGGCACGCCCGCAUUGUGCAUCAGAAUGCUUCACAGUCGCCAGAAGAUGCCAACAAUGCCGACGAGGCGCAAUCACAGUCUUCCUCGGACCACCCUCUGAUGCCUGCCGGGAACUUUAUACCACACGCCGACCACAGCGGCACGCAAUGGCCCCAGUCUCCGCAAUAUGCAGACCACACAACAGCACAUCCCCAAGACAUGCAUAUGGCACCGGGAUCGAUGGCAUACACGUAUCCGCAGCACAUGCAAGCUUCUGAAUAUGACACCGGUUCACACGUCGGGGGCUUUGAACAAUUCAGAGACUUUGUGACGACAGUGGACUCGGGAAAUGUCCACGCACCCUGGUAUCCAGAUUUCUACGAUCCUGGGACUAUGGUCGACCCAGCGUUACAAGGUCCUCACAUCCCAGAGGUUAGCUCGCCAUACGUACAGACUGGAACAGUGUAUCAUGGCUUGCAAUACUCUUGACAUGCGACGCGAAGGUUCGCAUCACUAGCGUGGUGCCAGAGCGAGCAACUUGCCGGCUUUCGGGGUUGUGCCUCUCGUCUGUGGCCUAAGCACUUGGCCUGGCUGCUUCAACUGGGUCGGU